GUCCACUGUCAGUCAGUCUUCUAUAUCCCUCCUCACAGUAGUCGUCACGGACCUGAUCAUCAGCAGAACCAGAAAUGGGCCACCAAAGCGAGACCCAGUUCGAGCUCGUCGGAUUCUCCAACUUCGUCCGGUCCAACCCCCGCUCCGACCGCUUCACCGUCCUCCGCUUCCACCACAUCGAGUUCUGGUGCACCGACGCCACCAACGCCGCCCUCCGCUUCUCCUGGGGCCUCGGCAUGCCCUUAGUCGCCAAGUCCGACCUCUCCACCGGCAACCACUCCCACGCCUCCUAUCUCCUCCGCUCCUCCGACCUCUCCUUCCUCUUCACCGCCCCUUACUCCCCUACUCUCUCCGACCCCACUUCCUCCGCCUCCCUCCCCUCCUUCCACCACUCCGCCUCCCGCUCCUUCUCCGCCAAACACGGCCUCGCCGUCCGCGCCGUCGCCAUCCAAGUCUCCGACGCCGACCUCGCCUUCCACUCCAGCGUCUCCCACGGCGCCACCCCCGCCUCCCCGCCGGUCCUCCUCGACGGCCGCGUCGCCGUCGCCGAGGUCGGCCUCUACGGCGACGUCGUCCUCCGCUACGUCAGCUACAAAGACCCGACCCACGUCUCCGACCCGAACCCGGACCUCUGGUUCCUCCCCGGGUUCGAGCCCGUGCCGUCGUCUUUCCCGCUCGACUUCGGCCUCCGCCGCCUCGACCACGCCGUCGGCAACGUCCACGACCUCUCCACCGCCGUGGCCUACGUGAAACGCUUCACCGGCUUCCACGAGUUCGCCGAGUUCACGGCGGAGGACGUCGGGACCAGCGAGAGCGGACUCAACUCCGUUGUCCUGGCCUGCAACGACGAGACGGUGCUGCUUCCGAUGAACGAGCCGGUGUACGGGACCAAACGGAAGAGCCAGAUUCAGACGUACCUCGAGCACAACGAAGGCGCCGGAGUCCAGCACCUUGCUUUAGUCAGCGAAGACAUAUUCAGAACGCUGAGGGAGAUGAGGCAGCGUAGCGGCAUCGGAGGUUUCGACUUCAUGCCAUGCCGGCCGCCGCCGCCGCCGACGCAUUACCGGAAUUUGAAUAAUAGAGUCGGCGAUGUGUUGAGUGAUGAGCAGAUUAAGGAGUGUGAGGAAUUGGGGAUUUUAGUUGAUAGAGAUGAUCAGGGGACUUUCCUUCAGAUUUUCACUAAGCCAGUUGGAGAUAGGCCGACGAUAUUCAUUGAGAUCAUACAGCGAGUUGGGUGCAUGAUGAAGAAUGAGGAAGGGAAGGUUUACCAGAAGGGUGGAUGUGGGGGGUUCGGGAAGGGUAACUUUUCGGAGCUCUUCAAGUCUAUUGAAGAGUACGAGAAGACUCUGGAAGCCAGGCAGAUUGCAGAGCCGCAGCUGUGUGAUCAUUGAGCUUUAUUGCUGUACGAUGGAGAUAGUUGCGGAAGCCAGGUUGGUUGUAAGUUUGUAAAGUUUUACUCUUUUAAGGUUGGUGUAUAUGCAAGUGCCGUAUUGUGUAUCACAAGCUGCACGGUUGGCGGCUAUUGAAUUGUAUACAAUGACCUGCAUUCAACUCUAUGAAAGUAUAAAGUCUGUUCUUGAUGAACUUGUUACUGGUUCAGGUCAUGUAUGUAAACAAUUUCAAAGAUAAAUAAAGUCCAUAUAAUAAUUUAUACUGAAA